GUUUUUUCUUGCUUGCCGUUAGUGCUUUCUACGGUAUUCUACCUUCCAUUUCCAUCCUCUGUUUCUUCCGUUUCAGUGGGGCAAAACAGAGCCCAAUGCCCGUGGGUUCUUCAAUUCCAAUUUCCCAUUAAUAAAAAUUUUAGACAUUCACAGAGAGGGAGAGGGAGAGGGGGAGAGAGAGAGAGAGAGAGAGAGAGGAUUGAUAAUCAUAAUUUGGAUUUUUUUAGAAAUUAAAUAGCAUUUAACAAUGGGCUGGAGGUACAGAGCUGGAUUACUGCUCAUCAUCACUAUCGUGAUCCUCUGGGUCACUUCUGCAGAAGUUACUCAGGGUGUUUUCAAAGAAUACAAUCAGCCAUUCGCAGUGACGUAUUUUGGAACAUCCCUUUUGGUAGUUUAUCUCCCAAUAGCCUUCAUUAAGGAUUGGCUGUGUAACACCAUGAGAAACCGAUCGCGAACCGAUACGAGCAGCACCGAUGAAGAAGCCAUGGACGGGUCGGAUCCCGUAAAAUGUGAGAGCGCACAAAACUUUUUAGAAAUAGAACUUGAAGGACUUUUGCCCGUAACGGACCGCGACGUCGAGGAGGGGAAGGCUUUGGUUGUUGGGUGCGAGGACGAUGGGAACUUGGCGGAACAAGGCAGAAAGCUCAACCCUAGGGAAGUUGUUACACUCGGCCUCUGCCUUGCCCCAGUCUGGUUCAUUACCGAGUACUUAGCUCACGCUUCACUUGCGCGAACAAGCGUUGCUAGUACUACAAUGUUGUUUUCGACAUCUGGGUUUUUUACCCUUUUCAUUGGUGCACUACUGGGGGAAGACACCAUAAGCAUAGCCAAAGUAGUUUGUGUGUUUGUCAGCAUGGCUGGUGUUGCCAUGACCACAUUUGGAAGUUCUUGGACAGCAGAUGAAUCACAAAAUGGGAAGCAUUCUCUUUUAGGGAAUAUUUUUGGUCUUGCCUCAGCUGUAAUUGAUGGACUGUUUUUUGUGCUGCUCAAGAAGUUUGCUGGAGAAGAUGGAGAAAGAGUAGAUUUGCAGAAGUUAUUUGGGUUCAUUGGAUUGUUCACCCUCGUCGCGCUCUGGUCUCUCGCAUGGCCUCUGACUGCCCUGGGGAUUGAAUCCAAUUUUUUUCUCCCUCGCUCAUUUAAGACAGCAGAAAUUGUUCUUGCCAACAGUUUUGUUGGAACUGUCCUCUCUGAUUAUCUCUGGGCAUUGGGUGUUGUUUGGACAAACCCUCUGGUGUCUGCAUUGGGGGAGUCCCUCACCAUACCACUUGCAAUGGCGUCAGACAUGGUUAUACAUGGGAGGCACUAUUCAGUGGUUUAUAUUCUUGGCUCAGCUCUAGUAUUCCUAGGAUUCGUAGGAGCAAAUUUUUCAGAAUGGAUAUCGGAGAAGUUGAAAUUGUGCAACUUGAAUUCCCUAUUAAAAUUUUUCAACAUAUGGGUUGAGUAUAGUUAGAGAUGCUAACCCUUUUCUUUUUUUUUUUGGCCUUGGGAAUUUGUUGUUGUAGGAACAAUAUGGCCAUAUGCAUUUCCAAAUAAUGAAUACAAAUUUUCAAUGGUUGACAUGCACAAUAAAAUCCAAAAGAAA